AUGAGGGUCAACAAGAGCGAAGUAGUUCCUGGAGCAAUCUUCUACCUACCUGCAAAGGAUAAACUACCACCUGAUGCAGUGUUACCAGUACUUGUUACACCACCGGCAAAUACUAAACAUUCGAAAGAAUCUGCCGCGAGUGGUAUCUACAAUCAUCCUGUCGUUAUAAUCACCUCUUAUCACAACAAUUCAUCAUUGGACACGGUCUAUACAGGAUCAAAAACUUGGACCAAGACUAAACUGCGCUGUGGUCAUUUGCCAAUUCAUCCAAAUGGCCCGCAUCCAGAUCGUGACGAAUCGAAGAAGAAAUCAGCUAAAAGAUUACCGACACUCUUUCUAGCAGAUGAUCUUGAACUCAAGACUAAACACUCAUGGGUUAACAUCUACGACGUGUAUAAGAUGGAAAUUUCGCUGCUAGCCCCGUAUUGGCGUGUCAAAGAUGAGGAGAAGACAGUGUAUCGUCUGGGAUCGCAGUCUGUGGAUCAAAUGCGCUCACGUUGCAAGCAUCUGAGAGACUAUAAGCCUGGAGAGCAGUGGCCAAAGCCAGACUCAAAAGCACCAGUGUCUCAGCUAAAUCCCAGCACAUACGAAGAAGAGUUCCCAGCUUUAGGUUCCAAAUAG